AUGGAGCAGCCGCUGCGCAUCACCUACUUUGGCCGCCUGUUCGCCGUGCUCGCCGUCAUCAGCGUCGCGUGCUUCGCCAUCGCCGCCGUCAUCGACGUGUCGUCGCCGUCGGACCGCUUCGAGCCCAGCCGCGACAUGCGCUCCGUGGCCGACGGUGUCCUCGCCGCUAUGGACCGCAGCGCGGACCCGUGCGACAACUUUUACGAGUACGCGUGCGGGUCGUGGCUCAGGUCGAAUCGAAUCCCGCCCGACCGCACCAGGUAUACCAAGAGCUUUUCGGUCGUCGGCGACAUGCUGCAGCUCAUGGUGAAGGAGCUCCUCGAGGGAGAGCUGCAGAGCGACGGCGGGGGGCUUCCGUCGAAACCCGGCCUGUUUUAUGCCAGCUGUAUUGACCAGAUGGGCAUUGGCGGCCUGAAUACCCUCUACUUGUCUCCGUUUCGAGACCAUUUCAACGACCUGGACGACGCCCCGGCUUUUACCCGCUUGCUGGCGCAAUUGCAUGCCGUGUCCUCGGUGGCGUUGUUUGAUGUCGGCGUCAACGUCGAUGAGAAGAUCCCCUCGCAGUAUGCCCUGUACUUUGGCCAGGGCGGGCUCGGCUUGCCGCAUCGCGACAACUACUUUAGCAUGCAGGACGCCGAUGUGGAGACGAGGGAAAAGUAUCUCAAGCUCAUUCAGAACCUACUUGCGACCGCAGGUAAGGCGAGACUGCUCCCACGCCAAGGCCACGAUAUGCUCGCGCGCCAGGUCUUGGACCUCGAGACGACGUUGGCCAACGCGACUGUCCCGCCAGAGGAGCUGCGCGACCCGGACAAGUCGUACAACAAGAUAAAGAUUGACGCCAUGUCGGAUGCCCUCGCCAUACCGGAGUAUCUCAAGAUCCUCGGUGUUGAUCCCAACUCGAUCAAUGGCAGUCUCGUUCUGGACAACCCGCUCUUCUUUGACAAGAUCGUCGCGAUCAUGGCGGGCUUAUCCGUCGAUGUUGACAAGCGACGCGUUCUGCGCGGCUACCUCGCCUUUCAUCUGGUGCGAUCCGCCGCAGACAGCGGGCUCCUUGGGGAGAGCAUGUACCAUGAGGGGUUUCGAUUCAAGCAGCAUAUUUAUGGUAUGAAGCAGCUCCCCGAACAAUGGAAAAAGUGCCAGUCUUUGAGCAACGCGUACCUCGGAGAAGCGGUAGGAGCCGCGUUUGUCAAAAAGCAUUUUCCUGAAACUCGCAAGCAGAUGGCCGAAAAGCUAGCCUCGGAGAUUUCAAAGUCGUUCGCUGGGACAUUGGCAUCGCAAGAGUGGAUGGAUGAAGCUACUAGACAGGCGGCCAUUGAAAAGUUGUCGGCGAUUAACUGGAAGGUUGGUUACAGCUCGAAACUGGACACCUACGAUGAUCUUUCCAUUUCACGCGCAUCGUUUCAGGGUAACGUGGCUGCCGCCAAGGCUUACCUACUGAGAAAAGCUCUGAAGAGGUUGGGCCAGCCGAUUGACCGCACCGAGUGGUUUAUGAAGCCUCAAGAAGUAAAUGCCUACUACUCUCCGACGAGGAAUGAAAUGGUGUUUCCAGCUGGCAUUCUGCAGCAGCCAUUCUUUUCUGAUGCGUAUCCCGAUGCUAUGAAUUACGGCGGGAUAGGCGCCAUUGUCGGGCACGAAAUGUCGCACGGUUUUGACGAUGAAGGUCGCAAGUAUGACAAGAACGGCCUUCUCACAUCGUGGUGGUCGGAUGCGUCUGUUGCUCACUAUGAAGACAAGGCCAAGUGCUAUAUUGAUCUAUUCAACACAUACAAGCCACGUGAUGUAAGCAUUUUCGUAAAAGGAAAUUUGACUCUGGGAGAGAACCUGGCCGACAAGAACGGGGUGAAUGUUGCCUAUCGCGCGUUCAAGAGCACGGGCAACAACAGUCAGGAUGGGAUUCCACCUCCGAAUCCUACGCUCGCGCGGGAACUCACAAACGAUCAGUUGUUUUUUGUAGCAUACGCUCAGAUAUGGUGUACCUUGUACCGACGGGAGGCCUUGAAGGUCCAAAUGAUGACAAAUCCCCAUUCACCGGGACAGUUCAGAGUGCAAGGGCCGCUAAGCCAAAGCCCUGCUUUCGCCAAGGCAUUUGCGUGUCGGAACGCAAGCCGAUACAAUCCGACAAAGAAGUGCAGUCUAUGGCAAUAA